CGUAGCUGCAAAUGUUCUUUGUUUUUUAUGUACCACAAAAAAGGAAGCUGUCUUCGUUUUAUAAUGUUGAGGCUGGUGCUUCCGUUGGUUCGCUAAAUAAAGAAGCGGGGGUUCUGUAAGGGGGGGGGGGGGAGAGAGAGAGAGAGUCCGGAGGGAACGAGGCCAAAAUGGGGACAGUAGCGGAAGGGCCAAAGGAGUCGGUGGUGCUGUACCCGUCGCCGGGGAUGGGCCACCUGGUGUCACUGGUGGAGCUGGGCAAGCUCUUCCUUCGCCAGGGCCUCGCCGUCACCGUCCUCAUCGUCGACGCCCCCUAUAAAACUGGCGACACCGCCCCCUUCAUCGCCGCCGUCUCCGACGCCCUACCCGCCCUCUCAUUCCACCGCCUUCCCCCGGUCGCCCUCCCUCCCAACCCCUCCCCCAACCUCGAGGCCCUCGCCUUCGACCUCCUCCGCCUCUCCAACCCUAAUCUCCGCCGCUUCCUCCUUUCCCUCUCCCCCUCUCCCCGCGCCCUCGUUGUCGACUUCUUCUGUGUCCACGCCCUAGACGUCGCUGCCGAUCUCGGCCUCCCCGCCUACAUCUUCUUCACCUCCGGUGCUGCCGUCCUCGCCACUUUCUUCCACUUUCCGGCGCUCCACUCUGCCUCCUCCUCCAGCUUCAAAGACCUCGGCCGCUCCCCUCUCCACAUCCCCGGCCUCCCGCCGCUGCCUGCGAACCACAUGCCGGUCCCCAUGCUCGACAGGGACGACGAGGCCUACAAGGGCUUCCUCUACAUGUCCGGCCGGUUACCCGACUCCCAGGGGAUCCUCAUCAACACCUUCGCUUCCCUCGAGCCGAGAGCCAUCGAAGCCAUCUCCGCCGGCCUCUGCCUCACUGACGGCCGGCCGACGCCACCCAUCUACCCCAUCGGUCCUCUCAUAGCUGCCGAGGGCCGGGGCAAACGGGGCAGAGAGGAGUGUCUCUCGUGGCUCGGCACCCAGCCCAAGCGAAGCGUUGUGUUCCUAUGCUUCGGGAGUCUCGGGCUCUUCUCAGCGGAGCAGCUCAGGGAAAUGGCCACCGGGUUGGAGCGUAGCGGGCAGCGGUUCCUGUGGGUCGUCCGGAGCCCUCCGAGUCACGACCCGGCGAAGAAGUUCGCCCCGCCGCCCGAGCCGGACCUGGACGUGUUGUUACCCGACGGGUUUCUAAACCGGACGAAAAGCCGGGGACUCGUGGUGAAGUCAUGGGCGCCUCAGGUGGAUGUGCUGAGCCACGAGGCGGUGGGCGGUUUCGUGACUCACUGCGGGUGGAACUCGGUGCUGGAGGCGAUCAUGGCCGGAAUUCCGAUGAUCGGGUGGCCAGUGUACGCGGAGCAGUGGAUGAACAAAGUUUUCUUAGAGGAGGAGAUUAGGCUGGCGGUGGCGGUGGAGGGGUACGACAAGGAGUUGGUGACGGCGGAGGAGGUGGAGGCGAAGGUGAGAUGGCUGAUGGAGUCGGAGGGGGGAAGGGAGCUGACGGAGAGAACGGCGGCGGCAAAGGAGAGUGCAGCGGCGGCGCUGAGGGAGGGGGGCUCGUCUCACUCGGCGUUGAUGGAGGUCGUCGGCCGCUGGAAGCGCAGCAGAGCGCCGUGAUCGCGUGCGGUGUCGUUUUCGUUUGGGACGUACGUAAGGGAUCGGCCAAAGUGGCGAAAUGUUAAAUUGCUUAAAAAUAUUAUUUACUAUUAAUGGUUUGGUAGUGUUUUAUUUUUUUUGCUUUGAAAUGGUUUGGCAGUGUUGGUUCAUGUUGUUUUGGCCCUUGCUGUGCUUGUUGUAUGGUUGCUCCUUGGGAACUUUUUAUCAAUAAAAAUAAGAAUUAUUUUUUUUGGUACAUAAAAAAAAAAA